UUGUCAAAAUGUCAGUAUUGGACAAAAAUGUCUUGUCACCUUGUUCAUUAUUUGGUCUGAUAGGUCAAAUUGUUUACUAAGAAAUAAAUGGAUGUGUACCCAUUUCAAAAGUGAUUCCAGUUGCUGAAAUCAUAGCUAUGACCAUUGAUGUGAUGAUGCAUACUAACUCUUUUACAGGAGAAUUGAAGAGGCUGCAAAACCUUGUUGCAGAUGCAAAAGCCAACAAUAUAAAUGUUGUCUGUGCUUUAGUCAAAAGAAUGCUGGAUAGAAACAUGUUUCUCUUUGGGUUUGUGGAUAUAAACGAAGGCUCUGCAACAGAGAGAGUAAAUGAGCUUACAGAAAUACAGAAUGCUAGAGUCCAGACAGCAUAUGCGAAGUUGUUUGCAAACACAAAAAUUGAGCACUACACCCAUUUGGACAUGGGAAUGGAACUUGAUGCGGAUUUGAUCAAGCAAAGAUCAACAGAAUAUGCAAUGGCCAAGAGACGAACCAUUGAAGAAAGUUGCAGAUUGGAAUGCACAGAAGGAUUCAUUCUAUCAACAAACAGGAUGUGGUCGUCAGUUGGCUAUAGAAUCUCUACAACAGGAAGAACCGAUGCAAGUUGAUGGAAACUUAGAGGAAGC